CCCCUUUGUCUCGCUGGCCUCGACCCCCCCCCAAGUCAGUUCUGCACUGGGGGGUGCGGGGGGGCAUCCGGGGCGCGCGGCCCCGCCGGGGUGCCUCUGGCGGUCGGCGGUCGGUGAGCAACGGCCCGGGGCUCCGGGCGCAGAAAAUCAUGAAUGAAAUGGAAGCGGGGCUCCCUCUCCCCCGCCCUCCCGGGCCAGGGAAGCUCGGCGCGGGCGCGGCGCCGGCGGGGACUCCGAGGGGAGAAGACGCCGGAGCUCAGGGAGUGUGGGAGAGAACCUCGCUGCUGAUGACUUCCAAGGAGGGGCCCUGGACAUGUGCUGCAGUGAGAGGCUGCCGGGUUUGCCCCAGCCGGUAGUGAUGGAGGCGCCGGACCAGGCCAGGGGGCUCUCGGACGCCAACGACGCUGCCGCGCCCAGAGAGAUGCCACCGCCCCCAGCUCCUUCUCCGCCCUCAGAGCCCGCUCAGAAGACACCACCUCCAGGCGCUGCCGGGAGCCACUCCCUCCCAGCGAGAGGCAGCCUGUGCCUGCUGGCGGCUUCCCAACUCCUGCUCGCUGGCGGGGUGCUCUGGCUCAGCGGCUAUGGCCCAGACUGGACACAGAACGCCUCGGACCUCGCCUCCUCUUGGCUGGCACUGCUGAGACAGCUGGGACCCAUGGCCUGGCUGGGCGUGGGAUCCUGGGACGCCCCCCACCUGUUCCUGGCCUCCGUGACUGUGGUCCUCGUCUCCACCCUGGUGUGGCACCUGCUGAGGGGUCCUCCGGAGCCCCCCGCGCCCCUGCCCCCCGAGGACAGGAGGCCCUCUGUGAGCCGCCAGCCCUCCUUCACCUACUCGGAGUGGAUGGAGGAGAAGGUGGAGGACGACUUCCUGGACCUGGACCCGGUCCCCGAGACGCCAGUGUUCGACUGUGUGAUGGACAUCAAGCCUGAGGCCGACCCUGCGUCACUGACCGUCAAGGCCAUGGGUCUGCAGGAGAGGAGGGGCUCCAACGUCUCCCUGACCCUGGACAUGUGCACCCCCGGCUGCACGGAGGAAAGCUUCGGCUACCUCAUGUCCCCGCGGGAGGAAUCAGCACGCGAGUACCUGCUCAGCGCCUCGCGCGUGCUGCAGGCCGAGGAACUCCACGAGAAGGCCCUGGACCCCUUCCUGCUGCAGGCGGAGUUCUUCGAAAUCCCCAUGAACUUCGUGGACCCCAAGGAAUAUGACAUCCCUGGGCUGGUGCGGAAGAACCGGUACAAAACUAUCCUUCCCAAUCCUCACAGCAGAGUCUGCCUGACCUCCCCAGACCCUGAAGACCCGCUGAGCUCCUACAUCAAUGCCAACUACAUACGUGGCUAUGGUGGGUCGGAGAAGGUGUACAUCGCCACACAGGGGCCCAUCGUCAGCACCGUGGCCGACUUCUGGCGCAUGGUGUGGCAGGAGCAGACGCCCAUCAUUGUGAUGAUCACCAACAUCGAGGAGAUGAACGAGAAGUGCACCGAAUACUGGCCCGAGGAGCAGGCAGCGUAUGACGAUGUGGAGGUCACGGUGCGCCAGGUCAUCCACACGGAGGAUUACCGGCUGCGGCUCAUCUCACUCCGGAGCGGGACGGAGGAGCGGGGCCUGAAGCAUUACUGGUUCACGUCCUGGCCCGACCAGAAGACCCCCGACCGGGCGCCCCCACUCCUGCACCUGGUGCGGGAGGUGGAGGAAGCCGCCCAGCAGGAGGGGCCCCGCUGCGCGCCCAUCGUCGUCCACUGCAGCGCGGGCAUCGGCAGGACGGGCUGCUUCAUCGCCACCAGCAUCUGCUGCCAGCAGCUCCGGCGGGAGGGCGUGGUGGACAUCCUGAGGACCACGUGCCAGCUCCGGCAGGACAGGGGCGGCAUGAUCCAGACCUGCGAACAGUACCAGUUCGUGCACCACGUCAUGAGCCUCUACGAGAAGCAGCUGUCCCGCCCGACCCCGGAGUGACCCCCAGCUCCUCCGGGCAUCCCCCCUCCGCCCCCGCCCCUUCUGCUUCCUUCCCUUUUGCGGGCGCCCUCCCUGCCCCCCACCACACACACACACACACACACACACACACACACACACACACAGCUUUUCCUUCUGUACAUAUCGGG